AUGGUAUCAUUGUCAUUAUCUCAUCAUAAUCUCUGGCCGCCGGAAUCUGGAUCUAAGGCGUUUCGAGGUUUCGUAACCGCCGCGUCCGUACACGCCUGCCACCAUGUUCGCCGCCACCUCCGCCUUGGCUUCCAUCUUCGCUCUUCCCUGGAGAGACUGCGGCAAUUUUCUGAUGCUGCACGAAUGGACUUGUCAAGAUAUCAUCAAAGAGCCAUUCUAUCCAAUGGGGCUAAAUUUCUACAGACUAGGGUUGAUAUCCAAUCGUCCCCAUCUUUGUCUUUCAUAUGUUUCUUUAACGGAGGAGAGAGUAGGAUAGACCCUAGAGGAGGGGAUGAAGGAUCAUCAUCAAACCAGGAGAUCUCCAAGAGAAAUACACGUAGUGGACGGAGAUGGACCAAUGUCCUCCUUGCCAUUAACGUAAUAAUGUAUGUUGCACAAGUUGCAUCCAAUGGGAAAGUGCUGACAUGGGGAGCCAAGGUAAACAGCUUAAUCGAUAAAGGCCAGCUAUGGAGGCUGGCUACGGCUUGUGUUCUUCAUGCGAAUCCGAUGCAUCUCAUGAUAAAUUGCUAUUCUUUGAAUUCUAUUGGACCAACUGCUGAGAGUUUAGUUGGCCCAAAGAGAUUUCUUGCCGUUUACUUGACAUCCGCAAUUGCAAGUUCAGCGAUGAGCUACUGGUUGAACAAAGCGCCAUCAGUUGGUGCUUCGGGUGCAAUUUUCGGAUUGGUUGGAUCGGUUGCUGUGUAUGUCAUAAGACACAAACGGUGGGUAAGAGGUGGCAAUGAAAAUCUAAUGCAGAUAGCUCAAGUUAUCGCCCUAAAUAUGGCAUUGGGUCUAGCGUCCAGAGGCAUAGAUAACUGGGGACAUAUUGGUGGAUUGCUUGGUGGAACUUCAAUGGCGUGGCUUGUAGGACCACACUGGAAGUAUGAGUCAACAACAAGAGAUGGUCGGAGAGUCUUCAUGGACAACGCUCCCAUUCCGCUCCUUCUGCGGUGGAGAAACGGAACAGGGACAGCUUUGAUUCAAGAUAAACGAAGCUGA